AGCGAGAGCAAACUGAAAAAGAUGGGAAAGAUGAAGGAUGACAAGGUGAAGGGGAAAAAGAGAGAAAGAAAGUUGAUGGCUGUGGGGGUGAGUUUAAAUGAAACCAGGUGGGGUCUCUGCUUUGGUGCAGGGGCUGCUGCUUAUGUGUAUGAAGGGGGGUUGGUUGAAUGCGUGUGUGAAUCUGUAUGCUUUUGUUCUGUUGUAGAACUGGACAGAUUUAGAAUUUGGGCCACAGACCAGGAAUUUUUAUCCUGGGGGGUCAGAUGGGGGCGGAGGAUGGUCGUGCAGGGGGGCUGUAUGGGGGUUGGAAUGGGCUGUCCUUCUCGCCUCUCUUCCGUCUUUCUCUCCCUUGCAUACAUUCAUAGUCCAGCUGUCCGUCUCCACAUUCACUCUAUCAGGAGUGAGGAUAGAAGAGAAGACAACUGCACAGAAAGAAGAGAGAAGAGGGACCACAAAGCAACUGGAAGAAAAGGAGAGCAGAAGAAAGAAAAGUCAUAGACUGAUAGAGAAAUUGGAGAAACGUGCCUAAGCUAUAAACCUGGCCUAUUUCACAGUGCAACUUCUUCUCAACAUCUAAUUCAGAGACUCUACCAGUGCGUGUGUGUGUCUGUCUGAGUCCUUCUCUUUUGUCAACACUCCUGGAGGUGUUUAUUUCUCUGUGCUCAUAAGAGCCUGUUGAAGGUGUGUGUGUGAGGAUGCGGCCCCAGUGUGUUCUACUCUUUUGUAUGUGUAUCUUUGUGUUUGUCCAUCACGCCUUUUCACAGCCACCCACAGAAACUGACACAUACAUGGAAUGCACAGAUGGGUAUCAAUGGGAUUCACAGACCCACCACUGCAAAGAUAUAAAUGAAUGUGAGACAAUCCCAGUGGCCUGCAAGGGAGAAAUGAAGUGCUUCAACCACUAUGGCGGGUACCUGUGCCUCCCUCGCUCUGCUUCAGUCAUCCCAGCACCUGAUCCACCCAACCAGAUCCGCCCUGGCUUGGAGAGCACGGCCAAUGAGCCAUUCAAUCCAUGUCCUCCAGGUUUUGAGCCCCAGGGAGACAGAUGCCUGGAUGUGGAUGAAUGUGAACGGGACACUCAUGACUGCCAACCCAGUCAGCAGUGUUUCAAUUCAGAAGGCUCCUUCACUUGCCAAUGUCCAGAUGGUUAUCGCAAAGUGGGCACAGAAUGCAUUGACAUUGAUGAGUGCCGAUACCGCUACUGUCAACAUCGCUGUGUUAAUGUCCCUGGCUCAUUCUCUUGCCAGUGUGACCCUGGGUUCCAGCUGGCUGGCAACAAUCGCUCCUGUAUCGAUGUUGAUGAGUGUGGCAUGGGGGCCCCCUGCAGUCAGAGGUGUUAUAACACAUAUGGGACAUUCCUCUGUCGCUGUGAUCAGGGUUUUGAGCUGGGGCCAGACGGCUUUGCUUGCAAUGACAUAGAUGAAUGCAGCUCCUCCAGUUACCUGUGCCAGUAUCAGUGUGUAAAUGAGCCUGGAAAAUUCUCCUGUGUCUGUCCUGAUGGCUAUAAGCUCCUGGGUACACGUCUCUGUCAAGACAUACACGAAUGUGAGACUGGAACUCACCAGUGCUCUGAUGGACAAACUUGUGUGAACAUUCAUGGAGGCUAUAAAUGUGUCAACUCCAAAAGCUGUCAGGAACCCUAUGUGCAAGUGUCCGACAAUCGCUGUACAUGUCCUGUCACAAAGCCUGGCUGUCAAGACCUGCCCUAUUCCAUAGUGCAUCGCUAUAUGAGUAUCACCUCAGAGCGCUCAGUUCCAUCAGAUAUCUUUCAGAUCCAGGCCACCAGCGUCUAUCCUGGAGCCAAUAACAAAUUCCGCAUCCGCUCUGGAGAUGACAAUAGAGACUUCUACAUCAGGCAAAUCAACAAUGUCAGCGCCAUGCUUGUUCUCGCCCGCACCGUGAACGGCCCCAGAGAAUAUGUGCUGGAUCUGGAGAUGGUUUCAAUCAACCCCCUCAUGAACUUACACACCAGCUCUGCUCUGCGCUUAACGAUCUACGUGGGGCCUUAUGCCUUUUAAUGGAAAGAGAUAUAGAGAUUGUAAGAGAGGGAAAAAGAGGUUGAGGGGUGUUAGCACUGAUUGAUUCAUCCAACAAGGAGGGUUUUGAGCUGGAUAUGUCUGCCUCUGUAGGAUUGUAUAGAGGUCUCAUGAACGAUGUACCAAUCUAUACAACUACUACAUCAUAAAUUAUAAAAAGGGGUAUUAGAGACAGGCACUCUAUUUUUAAGACAAAAUGUCUUACCAACUUACUAUAUUGUGUCUUAUUGUAAUUAACAGCUGCACUAUGACUCCAAACCUGCUGUACGACCCAUGUAGCCUUAAUCUUUUGCUACUCUCCCAUUGUUGUUGUUGUUUUUUUUUAAAUUAACCUCUUUCUCAGGAUAAGGGGUGCAGCUAUCGUCUCAGAGCUAUUGACUUUUUCCAUUGGUAUGGUCUCCAAGUGCAGAAUUCAGCAAUAAUUAUAAAUCGAUCCAAUUUAAAUAGUUGUAUCAACAACAAUAUCAAGGCACCAAAACUGUAUAAAUACAUCUGUGUAUGUUCGUAGUGUUAAGCUUUAGUCGCUGUUAAUUUUCCACUUUCUAAUUUCCAUCCUUGAGUUUAGUAUUUGUUUUUAUUCAUUGUUGUUAUUCAGUAACCACUCAGUCAUUCCAGCUUUCUGCCUUCAACUAUCAUCAAUAAUGCUCACAUUACUUUGUGUUGUUUGUUCUAUAUCACGCUGCCAAUGUUGUAUUUUCAAUCCUGGAUUUAUUACUGUAAUAAAUUUGAUAAGUUCAUAAAAAUGUGGUUCCAGAACCACAUUUGUUUGCA